GUAGCUAGGCAGACCCCGCUUCCGCCGGUGGGACGGAACUAGUGCCCUCCGUGGACAAUUGUGUUGAAGCAGAAAUUGUUCCGGAUCUCGGGUCGGACACGGAAGCCUUCUGUGUUUCUGGAUGCGGGGACAGGGAUGCGCAGGAAUUCCAGUCUCAGUUUCCAGAUGGAGCGACCCCUCGAGGAGCAAGCCCAGAGCAAGUGGUCGUCUACUCAAGGCCGCACAGGAACAGGAGGGUCUGCUGUGCUCCAGAUGCAGAACAGUGUACACCAUGGACAAAACGUCAAGACUCAAACUGACUCCAUCUCCCUUGAAGAUGUGGCUGUGAACUUCACCCUGGAGGAGUGGGCUUUGCUGGAUCCUGGCCAGAGGAAUAUCUACAGAGAUGUGAUGCGGGCAACCUUCAAGAACCUGGCCUGUAUAGGGGAAAAAUGGAAAGACCAGGAUAUUGAAGAUGACCACAAAAACCAGGGAAGAAAUCUAAGAGGUCCUAUGGUUGAAACACUCUGUGAAAAUAAAGAAGAUCGUCAGUGUGGAAAAAGCACUAGCCAGAUUCCUGAUCUGAAUAUUAACCCGGAAACUCCUACUGGAUUAAAACCAUGUGACUGUAGUGUGUGUGGGGAAGUCUUCAUGCAUCAAGUCUCCCUUAAUAGGCACAUGAGGUCUCACAAUGAACAGAAACCAAAUGAGUAUCACGAAUUUGGAGAGAAGCCGCAUAAAUGUAAAGAAUGUGGGAAAACCUUUACUCGCAGCUCCAGUAUUCGAACCCAUGAAAGAAUUCACACUGGAGAGAAACCCUAUGAAUGUAAGGAAUGUGGGAAGGCCUUCGCAUUUCUCUUUUCCUUUCGAAACCAUAUAAGAAUUCAUACCGGAGAGACACCCUACGAAUGUAAGGAGUGUGGGAAGGCAUUCAGAUAUCUUACUGCUCUUCGGCGCCAUGAAAAAAAUCACACUGGAGAGAAACCCUACAAAUGUAAACAGUGUGGAAAAGCCUUUAUAUAUUACCAGCCUUUUCUAACCCAUGAAAGGACUCACACUGGAGAGAAACCUUAUGAAUGUAAGCAAUGUGGGAAAGCCUUCAGUUGUCCCACGUACUUAAGAAGUCAUGAGAAAACUCAUACCGGAGAGAAACCCUUUGUAUGUAGGGAAUGUGGAAGAGCCUUCUUUUCUCACUCAAGCCUUCGAAAACACGUUAAAAACCACACCGGAGUUCAACCUUAUACAUGUAAGAAAUGUGGGGAAGCCUUCAAGUCUUCUAGUUCCUGUGAAGUGCAUGAAAGAACUCAUUUUGGAGAAAAACCCUAUGAAUGUAAACAGUGUGGUAAAGCCUUCAAUUCUUCAAGUUACCUUCAAUUGCAUGAAAGAGUUCACACUGGAGAGAAAACUUACGAAUGUAAAGAAUGUGGUAAAGCCUUUCUUUAUUCCACUCACUUUCGAAUUCAUGAAAGAACCCAUACUAGAGAGAAACCCUAUGAAUGCAAACAGUGUGGUCGAGUCUUCAUUUACUUUAGUCACCUUCGCAGGCAUGAAAGAAGUCACACUGGGGUGAAACCAUGUGAGUGUAAGCAGUGUGGCAAAGCUUUCACUUGUUUAAAUUCCCUGAAAGUACACAAAAGAAUUCAUACCGGAGAAAGACCCUUUCAGUGUAGACAAUGUGGUAAAGCCUUCAGUUAUUCAAAGUCUUUGCACGUGCAUGAAAGGACUCAUACUAGAGGGAAGCCCUAAGAAUGUAAGCAAUGUUGUAAUGCCGUCAGUUGUAUUAGUUACCUGUGAAUGUAUGGAGUACUUAAGCUUGAGAGAAAGUCCAGGAAUGUAAACACUGUGAUGAAGCCUUCAGUUGUCCUAAUUUACUUUGAAGACGUGACUCAUGUGGCAAUGAAAUAUUUUACAAAUGUGGGAGGAACUUCCACUCUCCUGUAGGAUUGCAAAUAUAUCAAUGGACUCCAUGGACAGAAACCCUAAGAGUGUAAGGAAUGUGGGAAAGCCUUCACUUCACAUAAUCUUUUGAAGAUACCUGAGAAUAUAUACUGGAGAGAAACUAUAAAAAAUGUGAGAAAUUCUUCAUCCCAGG